AUGGUCGUCAAGGUCGGCAUCAACGGCUUCGGUCGUAUUGGCAGAAUCGUCUUCCGAAAUGCCGUCGAGCAUAACGACGUCGAAAUUGUUGCCUGCAAUGAUCCCUUCAUUGAGCCCCACUACGCUGCGUACAUGCUCAAGUAUGACAGCACGCACGGCCAAUUCAAGGGAGACAUCAAAGUUGAUGGCAACAACCUCAUCAUCAAUGGCAAGACUGUCCGCUUCUACAUGGAGAAGGACCCGGCCAACAUCCCGUGGAGCGAGACUGGUGCAUACUACAUCGUCGAGUCGACUGGUGUUUUCACCACGACUGAGAAGGCUAAGGCCCAUAUCAAGGGCGGUGCUAAGAAGGUCGUCAUCUCUGCUCCCUCUGCUGAUGCCCCCAUGUUCGUCAUGGGUGUCAACCACGAGACAUACAAGUCGGACAUCGAGGUGCUCUCCAACGCCUCCUGCACAACCAACUGCUUAGCUCCGCUGGCCAAAGUCGUUCACGACAAGUUCACUAUCAUUGAGGGCUUGAUGACUACUAUCCACUCCUACACUGCUACCCAGAAAGUUGUCGACGGACCGUCCGCCAAGGACUGGCGUGGUGGACGUACUGCUGCGCAGAACAUCAUUCCUAGCAGCACCGGUGCCGCCAAGGCUGUUGGCAAGGUCAUCCCAGACCUUAAUGGCAAGCUCACUGGCAUGUCGAUGCGUGUCCCAACCGCAAACGUCUCCGUUGUCGACCUGACCUGCCGUAUUGAGAAGGGUGCUACUUAUGACGAGAUCAAGGCCGCCGUUAAGGAGGCUUCAGAGGGCGCGCUCCAGGGUAUCCUUGGAUACACCGAGGAUGACAUCGUCUCCACCGACUUGAUCGGCGACAACCGAUCCUCUAUCUUUGAUGCCAAGGCAGGAAUUUCCCUCAACAAGAAUUUCGUUAAGCUCGUUUCCUGGUACGACAACGAGUGGGGAUACUCCCGCCGUGUUCUCGACCUCCUCGUGUACAUUGCCAAGGUGGAUGGCAACGCUUAG